CCUGGCUAUAGCGAAACAGGAAGGAAAUGUUCUUGCUAGCUGAAGUCUGAAGUAAACAAAAUGGCUGCUGCCAGACAAGCCUUAGAGCAAUUCUUUACGAAAGAUAAGACUUUCAGGCCGAAGAAGCGGUUUGAAAGUGGGACCUUGAAAUACAAUCUUCACAAACAAGCAAAUGCGUCGUUGAAUUCAGGAAUUGACCUGAAGGAAGUGGUGAAGUUGCCCCCAGGGGAGGAUGUCAACGACUGGGUUGCUGUUCACGUGGUGGAUUUUUUCAACCGCAUCAACCUGCUGUAUGGAACAAUUUUUGAGCACUGCACAGAACAGACGUGUCCAACCAUGUCCGGGGGCCCUAAAUACGAGUACCACUGGUGUGACGGGGUGAACUACAAGAAGCCGACGGCCCUGCCCGCCCCACAGUACAUCACUCUACUCAUGGAGUGGGUGGAGGCGCAGAUCAACGACGAGAACCUCUUCCCCGUACAAGUUGGAAAACCUUUCCCCAGGAACUAUCUGAGCAUUGCCAAAAAGAUUCUGAAGAGGCUGUUCCGCGUGUUUGUUCACGUGUACAUCCACCACUUUGACAAACUUCUCGCUAUUGGGGCUGAGGCCCAUGUGAACACGUGCUACAAACACUUCUACUAUUUUGUGUCUGAGUACAACCUGAUAGACAAGAAAGAACUGGAGCCUUUGAGAGAAAUGACUGAAAGAAUCUGCCACUGAGAGCCGCUCGGACCCAUGGCCCUCCUCCGACUGUCAGCAAAUGUGCACUUACUUCAGGGAGAUGUUGUUAAGUCAUAUGCAAAACAAAACAAUAAAAAAUAAAAAA